AUGCAAAGGGUUCGAAAAAAGGAGGAUGAUGGUGAAUGGAUUCAAGAGGAAGCCAAAGCUGCGCUUGAAAAGCUUUGGGCGGAACCGGAUUAUGUGAAGAAAAGGGAGAAGGCAAAGAUGAACCGAGCAUCCGAGACUGGCGGGUGCACUAAUACUGGUGGCUCUAUUCCACACUCAGAACACAAGAAAAGAUUGGAAAAAGAAUUGGGUCGACCUCCAACUAAGGCAGAGCUCUUUCGUCAUUGUCAUAUCAAAAAGGCUACCCAAGAAUUCGAUGAUUACAACAAGCUGAAGGAAGCCCGUUCCAGUCAAGCAUCGACCUCGGGAGAGUCACCUCUCGAGCCGCAGGAUGAUGAUUCCAUAUUCAUGGAGGCGACUAAGUGGGUCAAUAAGAAAGGUCGUUUCUACGGUCUUGGAUUAGAGGCAUAUCAUAUGCGCUUUUCAUCCUCCUACAGCAGACCAUCUAGAUGGCGUCCUGAUUAUUUGCAGCAGGAGAUUGAGGAGCGGGUGGCUCGAAUGAGCUCCGAGUUACAUGAUCAGUUUUCAUCACAGAGCACUACGAUUAGUACAUUACAGGAGGAGUUGCAGUUCUAUAAGCAGUCCUCGAAGACACAAAGCGAAAAGAUGAAACGACAAGACCGGAGGUUGGAGAAACAGAAUCGGAUGAUUCAAAAACAAAAUCAAAUGAUGCAGGGACUCUUUGCUCGGCUUGGGAUGCAACCACCUAGUGAUGACAUUGACGAUGAUAACGAGGAUGGUGGACACACUUCCGAUGAGGAGUAG